AUGGCUUCGGCAUUUGCGAGGACGCUUCCAUCGUCUCUCAGUUCCCGCACCAUCUUCGUCAAAUGCUCGCCAGCGCCCUCAAAUUUUACAGAGCGUCGCGCCAUCCUCAAAGCUCUCUCUACGGCUGGUGGGAAGAAGGCACUCGAGGUCUUUAAGCGGCUUGAGGACAGCUCAUCCUUCAUUGCAGUGACGGCCGAUCCGGGAUGCGCCAAGACACUCGUUGACGAGUCCCCGUACAAGCGCAUUCUCCACGUACAAGACUCGGCCACAGCCGCGACGUUCGCAACCACAGCAUGGGGUGCUGCGUUUCGGACGACCAUCGCAGAUCCUGUCAACGUACAGCCUCUCGAAGAAUGGCAAGGCGAGUCCAAGACCGACAAGCCAGUUGGUGGAGCCGGUCUCGGCCUGAACAGCAAGAUCUUCACCAUACAUGUCUUCCCUGGCAAUGCUGCGUACAGUCACAAGCAAGCUAUCAGCCAGAACCCAUUGUAUGGCCCGUGGCCCGCAAGAAGCGGCUACGAAACCUUCGUGUCUGCAGCCCUGAGAAGGACGGUUCCAGGGAGCCACAUGGCCGCUGGUCUGCGCGACUGGGACACGGGAAACCAGCUGUCUGAAGAUCUAAGCAAUUCAGCCGAAGAGGGCGCAGAAACUCUGCUUGGGAUGUCAACAAGACACAAGAAAACAUUUUACGAAGAAAGGCGACGGAAGGCUGAGACCAGGAUACCCGAUGUCAUGACAAGUCUCGCCGCUGUUGCCGAGUCAGCCAAGAUCUCGGCAUCUCGCGCUAUUACAACAAAGCCCAAGGAAACGUCUGAUAAGCCGGCUCAAGACCUUCACGCUAUAGUAGGAGUACCUGCUAGGGAAGAUGGCCAUAUUACGCUGCAGGACAAAGAUGAGCACGGCAUGUUGGAAUCUUCUACGUCGCAGAAUCUCAACACACAUGACGAAGCAAGUUCCUCACGACGGCCUAGUGGGACUGACGCUUGCAUCUGGGAUGUUGGUAACGCCCCAAAAAGGGGCAAGGCAAAUGCGUCAAAGAAGUCGAGUAUCAGUGACGAACGCCUCUCGCCCUCAAAAUUCCAUGAACUUUUCAAAGACACUUGA